CUCCUCUUUCUCAGUUUCUAGCUCUUUUGCUCCCCGUGUCAAUCUUAGUUGCCAUCACCUACGACUUUGUUGCUAGAUCAAUCUUGAAAAUCAGCGGUGUGGCUGCCGCGGCCGCCACAGCCCAUCUGAACCGAUGUUCCAAUCAUUCCUGCCUCGCGAUAGCGGAGGAUUCCAGUGUUGCAGUAUGCAGAUUAGCAGAGCUAUUCAAUGACGUAGAGACCAAAAGCCAACAAAGCGACCGAUCUUCCGAUCCCUGCUGGCCCUAGUCCAGUCAACUUUCCGGGGGAAAGCACUGACUAAGACUAAGAAGCACAGCUCAGGUGGGGUGCGCUGCUUCCUGAUUCAUGACGGAGUUGCUGCUGCUUUCCCCGCGUCGCUCCCUCUUUCUUCUUCCACUUCCGCUUGCGCGCCAAAUCCCACCAACUUGCUCUGUAUGUCAUAGCAUUUCCGGGAAAGGUACGAACUCAAUCGUCACCAAUCAUCAAACCGACUAGCGGCCCCUCAUUCGAACGACCGAGGUGAAGUUCCGAGUCGGACGACCGCAGGAUAGCAUGAGCUUCAACCAGCUGCAAGGAGCAGCCAAGCUGCAGCAGGUUACCCAGCUGCUAGGCACCCUGACAAAAGACCUGCAGGAGAAGCAGCUUUCUCCGACUCAAAAAGUUCAGACCCUUCUACAACUGCGCCAGUAUGGCACGAAUCCCGUCGACGCCGGACCGAUUUAUUGCAGCGACGGCAUUGGACUAUUGGCGAGAUAUGGAAUUGAGGGAGAGACGGCCGAUGUGCGGCGCGCUGCCUUGCGCUGCGUGGCCAACGCUCUCCUUCUCGAUUCCAGUAUGCGCCAGGUCUUCGCGGACACGGGAUACGGUGGCAGACUGGCGGAAAGUCUAAAGACCGAUAACUCUGAAGACGAGAUGGUCACUAGUCGAAUUUUGUUCCUUUCCACCUAUGACAGCAACAUGGACUUUGACGUCCUAAUCAACAAACAUUCCCUAGGAGAUAAUGUUAAUUAUCAACUAUCCCGACACGCCAAACAAUUCCCUAAAUCCGGUCGACCUCGAUUGACGCAGAUGGACGAAUUGGCACUCAUCGAUACCCUGAAGCUCAUUUUCAACGUUUCAAAGUUGUACCCCGACCUUGCUGUCACCUUCUCACCUUCAAUCCCCCACAUCUUGAAGAUUAUUAGCAGGAUGGAAAUUCCAGCCAAACCGCUUGAUGGUUUGAUCAGCUACCUAAUCAACUCUUUAUCAGUCCUGGAUCUAGAGGAGAAGAAGGAGAAGCAUUUUGAAAGCAACCCUCUCUUCCCCAAGUUCAACCAGAACUGCAAUGUUGACAAGCUCAUUAAUAUCCUUGACCAAGCUGUAUCGCUCUACCGCCCGGAAGAGCUCGAAGAGAAAGCAGUCCCACUUUUACACUCUCUCAUCAUUAUCCAUGAAAUUGCCCCUGAUGGUCCGAGAAAGUAUAUGCAGUGGCUUCUCCUACCUGAAGAUAAUGAUCGCAGCUUGCCAAUUGGACGCUCGGACACUCUUGCUUCAAAACUGUUGCAGCUAUCCACAAGUCCCUAUCCUAACUUGAAAACCGGCAUCUCUGAACUGAUGUUCGUUCUUUCUGGAAAGGAUGCUGAGAACCUCACUCGGCGUAUCGGAUAUGGAUUUGCUGCUGGCUUUUUGGCUUCUCGUGGCAUGGAGAUUCCUCAAACUGCCGGCGAAGCCUUUGCGACGAAUAACGCUGACGACCUGGACUCGGAGGUCAACCCAAUUACUGGACAGCGCUGGGCCGCUGAGCCGAAGGAUGAGGGCCCUCCUAUGACUGAUGAGGAGAAGGAAAGAGAAGCGGAAAGACUCUUUGUCCUAUUCGAAAGGGCAAGGGCAAACGGUCUCAUCACCAUGGAAAAUCCCGUGGCACAGGCAGUCCGAGAGGGAAGGUUUGAGGAACUCCCAGAUGAUGCCGAUAGCGAUUGAGGAAAUCUAAGGCGGGUCUUCAAGCUGAGAUACGUAAUCGCAACUUUGUUUCAUAGAUUCGAUCAUUGGUCUUUUCCAUUUACGAGACUGGAGGUGCGCGCUAGAGUAGCACGAGAGUGAUACCUAAAUGCUCGAUCUUGUUACCAGCAAGCCAGAAAGCCAGCUUGCACGGCAAAUUGCAGAUCAGUUCUUUCUUGGCUUGG